CUAUAAACCCUACCAGCAAACGGCGGCACCUACCAAAAUCAGAAACCCUAAUGGCAGAAAGUGUUGAUGGAGAAGACAGAAUAUCAGAAUUGCCUGUGCAUAUCAUUCAUCACAUCUUAUGUCGCACUAACCUCGACCUCAGAGAGGCGGCGAUAACUUGUGUUUUAUCCAAGAAAUGGCACUAUUAUUGGCUCUCAAGACCUUAUUUACUGUUCCGUCAAUGUAAAGGCAACAGUUGUAUACCCCUGGAAAAUUUUGUCAAGUUGAUUGAUCGACCCCUACGAAUCCAUGAUGAACAAAACUUACAUCUUGCAAAAUUCUUCCUUGCAUAUCGGGAUCGAGAAUUGGAUCCUUAUUUGGAUCAUUGGAUUGAAUCGGCUAUUAAAGUCAAUGUUUCGGUGCUGGUGAUUCAUGCUCCGGAUAUUGAUUCGUCGUAUUAUAGCUUACCUGAUGCUGUUUAUGAUGCGAAAAAGCUCAACACAUUGUGGUUAAGCAGGUGCAAGUUUGAAUUUGAUAUUAGCACCACUCAUAUAAGAUUUUGUUCUCUUGUGGCUCUUUUUUUGUAUAAUGUUCAUAUUUCAGAUGCCCAAAUGCAAAGUGUUAUAGAUAAAUGCCCAUCCAUCAGGAAUAUAAGAGUACUGGCUUGCAAAGGUAUGAGCAAAUUGUAUGUUGUUGGACGGUUACAUCUACACUCUUUGGCUGUACUAUUAUGCAAACUCGAUAGUGUGAUUGUCCAAGCUCCGAAACUUGAAUCCUUUAGUUAUUCAGAAUGUAUUGAUCAGGGAAAUUUUCAUCCUUGCAAAAUUGAUAUUUUGGAUGGUAACAAUACUUUACAAACACUCGAGCUCACUGGUUCCAGCAUCACAGACCAACAGUUUCGAGAUGUAUUCCACAAGUUCCCAAACAUUUCAGUGUUGCAUCUAACAAGAUGUUAUAAGCUGAAACAUAUAGAGAUUCAGAGUGAAAAACUCAACAAAGUCACCUUAUCGAAGUUGGAGAGUAUAGAAAAAAUCAUUAUUCAAGCUCCAAAUUUAUCGCAAUUUGAUUUUGAGGGUGAUAAAAUGCCCUUCUUAUCUAUGGAUUCUUCUGCCCUGGAAAGAUCCCGACUCAAUUUCUUCUUGCCGAGGACAGUAAUAUCAAACUUUGGAGAUGUGGAUAGCAGUUGGUACACAAACCUUAAUCACUUUGUUCAAAACUUCAACUAUUCUAAAGGUUUGAUGUUAGUAAUAUUUUGCCGCAAGACCAAAAACAUCCUUAUUUAUGAAAAUCCAAGAGAAAUUCUUAUUCCUCCAUGUCAUAAUGUCGAGAUAUUCAUUGUACCCAUCCUGAGCAUUGAAUUGAUCAUUGGAUCGAUAUUGUUCAACCGUCCCAGCAUCAUGUCCAUACUUCCAUGUACAGACAGCAAAGUACUCCAGGUGUUGCCUGCAUUAGAGCGGUGUACACAAGAUCAAAAUUGUGGUAAAGAAUGUCCAUUCAGUACCAGGUUUUUCCACAAGCAUCGUAUAUUAGAAGAAAUCAUCAGCUGUACUGGGACAUCUGAGGAGGAAAUGACCUCCAUUUGGUAUACCUGGUUGAAAUCUACGUCUCUAAUUGGCAAAGUGAAUAAUUUCAUGUUCAAAUGGAAAGAACAAGCUUAGACCGAAGAAUCUUGGGGAAUUCAGCAUAUAGUGUUUAUUAGUGUGUUCAGAAUAAAGUUCAGUUAACCCGCUUGUGGCUCUGUCAAAUCCAUGAAAGGUUCCCUAACCUUGCUCUAGCUCUAAAUAAAUUGUGCUCAAAUCUGUGGUUUAAUUUCAUUUGUUCGAUUGUACGGAAUGAAGUUUAACUGUUAACAAACAGCAUAAGAGGUCUUCAUUUCAUUAUUAUUUUUCUGGCUCUGCCUCUUCUUCACAUUCCAUUCAAUUUCUCUCAUGCUUAGACUACUUGGAGGUGAUUAAAAAGAAGUGAGCACUUGAGGUAGAGAGAUGUAAUGAUGGAUGCAUAUGCCUCCUACUUGUUCUGAAAUCUGGUAUAUAUUCACUGUCAUACUUGAAAUGUAAUAUGAUUUUUCGUAUAACUUUCUUUG